CCACAUUCCGAUUAUCUAAAGAAAUCUCAAACUUUUGUCUUCCUUCCAAAGUCUCAUACUUCUUUUGGAAAAAUACUAACAUGGGUUUCCGCUUGCCUAGUAUUGUUCAUGCUAAGCAAAGUUUUCGGCGAUCUUCGUCGACAGGAAAUGGAGCAUCUCCAAAGGCUAUAGAUGUUCCAAAGGGCUACUUUACAGUUUAUGUUGGUGAAGUACAAAAGAAGCGUUUUGUCAUCCCGCUAUCUUGCUUGAACCAACCUUCAUUUCAAGAUUUAUUGAGUCAAGCAGAAGAAGAAUUUGGAUAUGAUCAUCCAAUGGGUGGCAUCACAAUUCCUUGCAGUGAAGAAAUUUUUCUCAGUCUCACACAAAGCUAAACAACUCAUGAACCAGAAGGAUUGAUUUAGAAAACUAGGUAGUACAGAAAAAGGAUUAGAAUAGCACAGAAUGUAAACUACAACAUUUUUUCCAAUGAAAUAGCUUGAUUCUUUGAAUUGAAAUUGUUGUACAGUGUUCAUAAUUCUUUCAUCAUUGAAUUAGAUGACAAAACUAUUUUAA